AUGGACAGAAAAGUGACACAGGAUGGGACUCCUGUGGUCUCCUGGGUCCCUGAGGAAGGAGAGAAGUUGGAUCUGGAAGGCGAGGACCAGGUGAAGGAUCGGGGCCAAUGGACCAACAAGAUGGAGUUUGUGCUGUCAGUGGCCGGGGAGAUCAUUGGGCUGGGCAAUGUCUGGAGGUUUCCCUAUCUCUGCUACAAAAAUGGAGGUGGGGCCUUCUUCAUUCCCUACUUCAUCUUCUUCUUCACCUGUGGCAUUCCGCUGUUCUUCUUGGAGGUGGCGCUGGGCCAGUACACCAGCCAAGGGAGCGUCACGGCCUGGAGGAAGAUCUGCCCCCUCUUCCAGGGCAUUGGUCUGGCAUCGGUGGUCAUUGAAGCCUAUUUGAACAUCUACUACAUCAUCAUCCUUGCCUGGGCUCUCUUCUACCUGUUCAGCUCCUUUACCUCCCACCUGCCCUGGACGACCUGUACCAAUUCCUGGAACACAGAGCGUUGCAUGGACUUUCUGAACCACUCAGAAGACAGCACAGCGAUCCCCUCUGAAAACUUCACCUCACCUGUCAUAGAAUUCUGGGAGAGACGUGUUCUGGGCAUCACCUCGGGCAUCCAUGACCUGGGGGCCCUGCGCUGGGAGCUGGCCCUGUGCCUCCUGCUGGCCUGGAUUCUCUGCUACUUCUGUAUCUGGAAGGGGGUCAAGACCACAGGCAAGGUUGUUUAUUUCACAGCCACGUUCCCCUACUUGAUGCUGAUCAUCCUACUGAUCCGAGGCGUCACCCUCCCCGGAGCCUACGAGGGCAUCAUCUAUUACCUAAAGCCAGAUUUGCUUCGUCUCAAGGACCCCCAGGUGUGGAUGGACGCAGGCACCCAGAUCUUCUUCUCCUUUGCCAUCUGCCAGGGGUGCCUGACAGCCCUGGGCAGCUACAACAAGUAUCACAACAACUGCUACAGGGACUGCAUCGCGCUCUGCUUCUUGAACAGUGCCACCAGCUUCAUGGCUGGUUUCGUGGUCUUCUCCAUCCUGGGCUUCAUGUCCCGAGAGCAGGGGGUGCCCAUCUCCGAAGUGGCCGAGUCAGGUCCUGGUCUGGCCUUCAUUGCCUUCCCCAAGGCUGUGACUAUGAUGCCUCUGUCCCAGCUGUGGUCCUGCCUUUUCUUCAUCAUGCUCAUAUUCCUAGGGCUGGACAGCCAGUUCGUCUGUGUGGAGUGCCUGGUGACGGCCUCCACGGACAUGUUCCCCAGGCAGCUCCGGAGGAGCGGGCGGCGAGAGCUCCUCAUCCUGGCCAUCGCAGUCAUAUGCUACCUGAUCGGGCUCUUGCUGGUCACCGAGGGUGGGAUGUAUAUCUUCCAGCUGUUCGAUUAUUACGCUUCCGGUGGCAUAUGCCUGCUCUUCCUCGCGCUGUUUGAAGUCAUCUGCAUCAGUUGGGUGUAUGGCGCCAAUCGUUUCUAUGACAACAUUGAGGACAUGAUCGGCUACCGGCCAUGGCCCCUGGUGAAGAUCUCCUGGCUCUACCUGACCCCUGGACUUUGCCUGGCCACUUUCUUCUUCUCCUUGAGCAAGUACACACCUCUCAAAUACAACAAUGUCUACGUGUACCCUCCCUGGGGAUACUCCAUAGGCUGGUUCCUGGCUCUCUCCUCCAUGGUCUGCGUCCCGCUCUUCGUCAUCAUCACCCUCCUGAAGACCCAGGGAUCCUUUAAGAAGCGCCUGCGACAGCUCGUCACCCCUGACCCCAGCCUGCCACAGCCCAAGCAGCACCUCUAUCUGGAUGGUGGCGCCAGCCAGGACUGCAGGCCCUCUCCCACAAAGAGGGGACUCAUAACUGGGGAGGAGACCCACUUGUAGGAUGUGGCCAGAAGCCAGGUGGUUGCUGAGCCUGGAGCCUCAGUCAGGACCACCUCUACCCCCAGUGGACAGCCACCACCUCUGUCCCCUUCCACAGCACUGCCAAGAACCUCUCGAUGUCCACGGGCACCCCAGCUGCAGGCCAGACUCCUCUCC